UGGAGCGCUCGCUGGCUGCUAGGAUUUAGCGCGGCGGCAGCGCUGUCACACUGAGCGGCGGUGCUGAAAUUGGCAAUUAACGGCGAUGUGGCCGCUUCUCCUGGCUCUGCUCUGGCCCUCGGCUCAUCACUUGGCCAGCUGCCAUCGGGGCGCCUGGGAGGGGGCAGGACGGCGGGAGGCUUACUACCUGACGGACGGCCCCUACUGUGCUAAGUGGUCCGCUGCCCCGAGCGUUGCAAAGCAAUUGAGGUUUACCCAGAUCAGCGACGGCGCCGAGAUGGUUAAAUCCAUGUUGCAGAGCAACGGCCGGGUCCUGGAGUGCUCUGUCACAGGAGAUCAGGUUGCAGUCCAUUCCUUUAUGAACGACUGCACGCUGCGGGCGGCGGACUCCCCCUUAACUGGGCGGAUUCUCCUGAACCAGCAGUGGGCGACCGGUAGAGCCGAGUGCCUGAGGCUGCUGCAGCUGCAAAGAGCCGCGAACUUGGGUCAUUCCCAAGGAGACGUCGUUCCACGCCGGUUGCCUCGGGAGGCUCGAUCCAAUGAGGAAGCCGUUCUCCGCAGGAGGAAAAGAGGUUUCACUUACCCCGGGACCCUGUGGUGUGGGGCAGGCAAUAAUGCUAAGAGCUAUGACCAUUUGGGCCAGUUUUCUGAGACGGACAAGUGUUGCCGAGAACAUGACCACUGUUCUCACGUGAUAUACCCUUUCUCUUAUUCCUACGGUCACAGGAACUUCAGGCUGCACACCAUGAGCCACUGUGACUGCGAUACUGAGUUAAAGCAAUGCUUGAGAAGAGUCAAUGACACAUCAUCCCGGAUUGUAGGUCAGGCCUUCUUCAAUGUGUUAGAGGUACCUUGCUUUGACUUGGCCUACAAGGAGCAGUGUGUGGAACGGUAUUGGUAUGGCUGGUGCAAGAGGUACGAUCAUAUUCUUGUUGCUGUACCUAGAAAGUCUGUGCUGUUUGAUUACGGAGGAGAUCUGAUUGAUAAGCCAACAAUGGAGCCGAAAUCCGAUUCCAUUUUCCCAGCAACCUUGCCUUGGACGAGCAGCGGUCCAUCAGUUACAGCCACUCCAGGCGCCGCUAAACCAGAAGCUACAAGUCAACAAUCAACCCUCGGCCAAGUACUCAAUGCGGCGGAAGACCUCCUUAAAGUCAUGGCGACUGUCACUCAGAGCUCAGUCCACAGCAAUGUGCCUGGGACUGCAAGCAGUUCUGCAAAUGAGAAGACUGACAUUUUGUUGGACAAAGCCAAGCAGAAGAAGAAGAAAAGAAGGAAAGGCAAAAAGAGAAGAAAGGGGAAAGGGAAGAAGAAGAACCGUAAAGGGAAACUUGGUCACAAAGGCAGCAAGGCAACAAAUGCUAUUGAAAAGAAAAUUCAGAACAAGGAAUAUUUCAUUGAGAUUGAGAAGACAGGAAGCAGUAAUGAACUUGACCGACAUCUAUUUGAUAAUUCUUUGGAUUCAAUGAUAAGUAGAGAUAUAUUUAAUAACAUGAUGAAUGAUGAAUCCCACAGAGUAGAUAGCUACACACAACUGCACAAGACAUCUACUGAGACAGUGCCCAAACCUAAUCAGAGAUUUCAGCAUCACAGAAUGGAAGAUGAUACUCCUCUCUCGGUGACACAGAACUCUUCAGCUGAAUUCUAUAGAGAAAAUCUGACUGCCAAAUUAUGGCACGAGCCAGUUGGUGGGCAUCAGUCCUACACAGAAGGAACAUUCACCUUGGCGCCUACUGAACAAAACCCCAAUUCCCACUCCUUCAAAAAAGAAAUUUCUGUUUUAACAGUGAUUACACCUCGACAAGAGGAGACAACAACCCCAUCAGUUACCCACACAGUGCCCAGACAGGUGGCAAUAAAUUCUACGUUGAAACCAAACCACUUAGUUCCCCCAAUUGGCAAUGUAAUCAAGAAACCACGGCCUAAAAAGGGCAGGAGAAGACACAAUUUAAAAUCUCGGCAAAAAAGAAAGAUGACUAUACCAACAGCACCUGGCAAGGUUAUUGGUGGAGAUGUUGAAACGUAGUGUUGCAGAAAAAUUCCCAUUGACCUCAUAACAAUGUAUGUAUGUACCAAAUCAAAAUUGUACUGUAAUGCAUUAACAUUUUGCAAAUGGUGAAAUAAUGCAUGACUUUACAGCUGAUUAGUGGACAACACAGAGAUAGACUAGAAAUAUACAAUACACAGAUAUUCCUUGUGAUAAGUUUUGAUUCUUUAUUGCUUUACAUUUGUACAGAUGGACUUAACUGCAUCAUAGAAAGGAACCUUUAUAAAAUUUAAUAAAUUUAACACCUUUUAAUCAUC